UGACAGUUCAUAUAAAUUCGACCGGCGUGCUGUGCGCAUUGCUUGUAUUUCGCUAAAGAUUCGACGCUAAGAGCGUUCUUGGCUUUAACUUCUAUAUAAAUAUACAGUAAUCAUGACUGUAGACGAAGGAGUAGACAUAAGCAAGGCGGGCGACCGCGGUGUUCUGAAAAGGAUAAUUCAGGAGGGCCAAGGCACUGAUACACCCAACGCGGGUUGUCAGGUCACCGUCCACUAUACAGGGACGCUUCUAGACGGCACCAAGUUCGAUUCCAGCAAGGACCGGAACGAGCCGUUCGAGUUCCAGCUGGGGAAAGGCCAGGUUAUAAAGGCAUGGGACAUAGGCGUAGCCACAAUGAAGAAGGGGGAGGUGUGUGUGCUCACCUGCGCUCCGGAGUACGCCUAUGGAGCCUCCGGCAGCCCUCCCAAGAUCCCACCUAAUGCUACUCUGCAAUUUGAGAUUGAAAUGAUCGACUGGAAAGUGGAGGACCUGAGUCCCAACAAGAACAAGGGGAUCCUGCGGCACAUCAUCGACCAGGGCGAGGGCUUCGACAACCCCAACGAUGGAGCCCUGGUCACAGUGGAGCUCGAAGGCAAGCUCCCAGACGGCAAAGUGUUCGACACACGCACACUCACGUUCCCGCUGGGAGAGGGCGCUGACAGCAACGUCUGCGAGGGCGUCGAGCGGGCGCUCGAGAAGUUCCUGAAGGGAGAGAAGUCCCGGCUCACCAUACAGCCUAAAUACGCCUUCAAGUCUGAAGGCAACACUGAACUAGGCGUGCCAGCCAACACUGCCGUCGAGUACGUCGUCAAACUGACCAACUUCGAGAAAGCCAAGGAAUCCUGGUCCAUGGACGGGCCGGAGAAGCUCGAGCAAGCCAAGAUCUACAAGGAGAAGGGCACCAACUACUUCAAGGCGGGAAAACACCAGCUGGCUAUCAAGAUGUACAAGAGGGUGGUCUCUUUGCUCGAUGACGUCCCCGAAGACAACAGCGUAGAAGACAAAGUGAAAGAGCAAGCCAAAGAGCUCCUCCUCUCCUCCCACCUGAACCUGGCGCUGGUGUACCUGAAGGUGUCCCCGCCGCACCACUUCGAGAGCCGCGACCACGCCACCAAGGCGCUGACCUUCGACACCAACAAUGUCAAGGGACUGUUCCGGAGGGGGCAGGCGCUGCUCGGACUGGGCGAGGCGGAGCAGGCGCUACAAGACUUCCAGAAGGUCGUAGAAGCCGAGCCACAGAACAAGGCCGCCGCCAACCAGAUAGUGGUGUGCAAACAGGCGAUACAGAAGCAGAAACAGAAAGAGAAGAAACUGUACGCCAACAUGUUCGACAAGUUCGCCAAGCACGACACGGAGUUGGAGAAGAUAAGAGCUAAGGCGGAGGUGGACGUGAUCGGCGCCGCCGUGGGCGAGUGGGGCGCGGGCGAGGGCGAGUGGACGGACGAGCAGCGCACCAGGGCUCCGACACACUUCGAGCGGGAGAACCCCAACAUACUCAUGCUCGACAAGGACGGACAGUUCCAGAACAUGUAGACGAAAUGUGGCAUGGGCUCAUGAGGGUCACACAUAGGUUGCAUGGAAAAAAAUCAUUACACACUACAUAGACGCUAGCGGCAUCUAUCGAUCACCGAAGGCGUUACUCUCUCAAUGAAGAUCUCGGACGUAGAGUACGAAACACAUAAUAACUAGCUUAAAUCUAAAAUAGGCCCUGGAGGCAUUGUACAGUCAACGGUAAAAAUAUGGGUGUACAAAUAAUUUCAAAAAUAUGUCCCAUAACGCUUAUGUCAGCGAAUUAAGAACCUUCCGGUGGCGAAUGCACUAGUCUCAAAACGCACUAUUAGUCAAUACACUCUAAUUUCGAAAGCCCCUCUUCUCAUAAGAAACUAGGCCCAAAAUACCAUAUUUCAAAAAGGCUCAUUCUCGAUUUACACGAGAACUAUUGAGAACUAGUCCCAAAAUACACCUUUCCCAAAAUACCCCAAAUUGUGUUCACCUGUGCGUGGCGUAAUACUUUAUUCUCAUAAUGCAUAGGUCUCAAAACACACUAGUUCCAAAAUACCCUAUUUUUUUGGAAUGUCUCUUUGUGAUUGCUUUCAGCCGUAACCAUUACCCGUUUGAUGCCAAAAAUGUAUUUUGCAAAAAUAGGAUUUAUGUAAUUAUUAUUAAAGACCAUUGAAACUAGUGUCUAUGACCGUCCAAUAAUAACAUAAAACAUAAAAAAUAGAUUUCAAAUUCAAAUUGCAUAGAGCUUUCCUCUAGUAAAAAAUGUUCUAUGUGUGACCCGUUUAUAAUUUUAAGUCCAAUACCCGGUGAUAUGACUAUAAUAUAAGCGAUUGGUGACUCCAUCUUGUAAUUCUUGUGCUAUCAGAGCACUAAGACUGGAUCGCGAAUCACCAAUAAUAUUUCUCGCAGUUUCUCAACCUCCUAAUCCCAGUUUAAAAAAUGGUUUUAAAAGCAACCUUAGAUGUAUGGUGAUAAGACUCAUUUUUAAACUAGCUAAUAGGAGGUACGAAAAUAAUAUGCGUGUUUAUGUAAGGUUCUUUAUAAGUAAAACAAUCACCGUUGCCACGAGCAUGGGUAGAGAAAUAACAGAUACUUUAUUAAGUCCUAUAGUUCGUUUUUUUAGCAUUAGAAAGAACUCCACAGAAGCAAGCGCGCAGUUUUUUAUCAGGCUCUUUAAUUGUUAAUAAUUAUUGAAUUAUCUAAUGUAGCAUGGUCAAUACAUAUAAUUUACUUGAUUUCCAUACACUUACGUCAAAAUCAAUAUGGAUUGACAGCUAUCUCAAUCCCUUUUUAAUUAUUAAACAAAAAAAAAAAAAUUGAAAUUAUUGCCGCUAAAAGUGCCGUAUUUGGAACCACAAGCUCACUUCUGCGAAGUUCUUUCUAAUGCUAAAAAAACGGACUAUAUAUAAUAACUAAAUCAAAAACGGAAAACCUAAAUUAUGGUCAAGGCUGGAAGAGUUAGACCGAGAUAAGUCUGCAACGAUUGUGGUCAAAUUUCUAUGAAAUUAUGACGUUUAAAUAACACUUGCACUGCGUGGGCUCUCAAAUCCGCUGCAGACUGAUCUUGGUCUAACUCUAACAGAAUACAAUUGAAUUUUAAGAAUCCUAAUUUUUCGCAUAUGAAACAAAUAUCUUUCAGAUAUUAUAUUAUAAUAAUAUUUUGCCGCUCUAAAGCGACUUACACACUGAUCGAAAUCUGCUGCGGACAGAAUUAUUAACGACUAAGACGACGCGCAGUGUGUGAAUCGCCUAAUCUUUUGUAAUAAUGUGUUUGUUAUUUCUCAAUCUCGCGUUUUGAUCUCUGCACCAAAAGGUUUUAAGUUACAUUUGUGUACUAUAAUAAAUGUCGUCUAAUCCCCUUAUUCAUAAACGCGCUUUAAACCUUAACCACUAGCCGCCCAGAGAACUAUAAAAAGGUCUCCUGUUCCAUUCUAAUUUGAACUCUGUGUUGACAAAAUAAAAUUUCAUUUUGCUUGGCAAGGCUUGACGUAUGGGCGGCUAGAGGUUAAUUAGCUAAUAAUCGUUUGUCUUUAUCUGUCAUUUUGACUUAUUUGUAAGAAAGGGAUACAUUAUAAUUUAACAAAAUCAGGCCCGUAAAAUUUUAUGAAUAAGGGGGUUAAUCUGUAGUUUGGAUCAUUCCCGAGUGUCGCUGUGUCCCACUCGCUAGGGUAUGGGUGUUUUAACUAGGCCCCAUCCAUUGGCUACGUAACCUAAAAGAUUAUGGUAUGUAACGAAUUCUAGUUACACGAUAGGUAACAGUGGUGUUCAACCUCUUUUUAACCCUAAUCCUGGCUGACGGAUCAAAAUUACAAAUCGAAUGUGAAUGGUGGUAACCGAAGCAUUAGCGAAGGUCUCAGUUUAAGCAAAAAUGCUUUCGUAUGUCCGGAUGUUCUCUACCGGUCGCAAUUCUCGCCAAAAUGCUUUAAUUUAAGCAAACAAGUAGUUUUUUUAUCGUUUUGUUACGUAGCCAAUGGAGGGAGGCCCUUGUAAACCUGUCAUAGAGGUUUAGUUGUAUUGUACAUUGCUGAUUGUAUAUUUUCGUGGAUCGAAUUUACGUUAAUAAAGUGUUAAAUAAGAUAA